ACACUAAUAAGCAGUCGAGCUUGUUGCACGUGGUUUGUGGUUUAUCAACAUACUUUAAUUCCACGUUUCGAGCACGUGAGGUCUGUUGACAAACAUUUAAAGGUUUUUUUUCCGUUGAGAGUUGUCUGAGGAUCAGAACAAAAGUGGAUGUCGAACGUGGCCUCACGCAUGGAGGCGGAGGAUAACAAGUUGUAUCUGCCUGUCCCUGGCGUAAAAUUACAAGAUCUUCUUGACUGGCAAGACCCUGAUCAGAGGAAUCACCGCCAUUUGGUUCAUGUCUCAAAUCCUAAUCAUGAACUGAAAGUUUCUUUUGACUCAAUGAAUUCUGCGGAGUCUCAUGUUCACCGGAAAUGCUUUGGACAGGCUGUAGACUUGAAUGAUGACACAAUAGCCUUGUUUCGCAUUGGAAAGGAAGUGUAUGCUACUCAAGCAAAAUGCCCGCAUGCUGGCGGCCCUUUGCACCUGGCUGACAUUGAAGAACUUGUCCUUGGCCAAGUAAGUCUCCGAUGUCCCUGGCACAAGUGGACCUUUAACAUCGACAAUGGUUGCUCUAUCAGCCCACCUGGCAGGAACGUCGUAGCUCGGACCUACCCCGUCAAAGUGGGUUCAGGGGGAGAACUGCGCAUUGGAUUCGAGUCAUUUGGCCCUUCUGCUUUUGAGAUGGAUUUCUAACAGUGCAGAGUGCCAAUGGAGGAAACUGUAAAUUCUGAUGAAACUUUUAAGUUUACACCCAUGAAGUCUGUGAUUGAAAAGCCUUAUAAAUGUAUGUCUUAGUUCUUUAAAUAUUAGUAUUUUGGUCUGAAGAGAGUGGACCAUUACAUUCCUAGUCUUCAUUUACUCUCAAAGAGACACUUGUGAUUUAGUAGAUGCUCUUUCGUACUGAUGUGCUCAGGAACAGUAAGUGUGUUAAUUUCUGGUGUACAAUGAACUUGUUUUCUCAGAGGUACACUUUUUGUUUACCGAAUUAUAAAGUGCUGGAUUACAGUAGUAAUGAAAAAAGGAAGGAUUCUAAUCUACACACGCUAAAAUUCGUCGGGGGUAGAUUGUAUUAAAUGGGCAUUGGUCUACUGAAUAAGUUAUAAGUUUAAUGUAUUCGUCAUUUAGAAGUUUCUGUGGGAAAUAAUGUGUAUAUAUAUAUAUGGAAGAUGUGACUCUUGGUUAAAAUGGCUUUUAUGUUCUUGUAUUUUGCUGCUACUUGUCUCUAUGUAAAGUUUUAAUAUCUUGUCGUUGAAAGUACUCUUUACUGAAGCAUUUGCUAUGUGAUUGUUCUAUUGUUAAAUUCCUUGUCACAUAUUCAAGUGUAAUGUCACAUUCAUUUCCAAUACCUACUGGGAAUUAUUUUUGUAUUUUAUGACUUUUAACUACUUUUGACUUCCGCGACAGCAUCGGGGUCACGU